UAUAACCUCCUCGCCAUUCGCAUCCUUUCAUUUCAAAAACACUUCCUUCAUUUCCUUGUUUUGAACAUGGCAUCAUUCACUCUUUUUCUCUCUCUCUUUUCUCUGUAACUUCCCUUAAUGGGCAGGAUCAUAGACAGAAUGUCAAAAUAGGGGAUGCAACUGUUUUGUAGCUUUUUCCUUCAGAGAAGAGGGGGAGAGUUAAUUACAGCAUUAGCUCAUUACCUGUGUCUUCUCUUCCUCAUUUGCUCCCUAUGCUCUCAGAGGGAGUGUGGUCCAUCCAGAUAGGGACUGCGUGACAAAGAGGUCUACUAGGACAAAUCUGCCAUCCUAGCAAUAAAAUACCAGCAAAAGGAUAUCAUCCUGGAGGAUUCACAUUACAUUUUAUUUGCCUAAGAUUCCUGUUAUAUUUUAUUCAUCGAUUCAGUAUUUUUAACUGGCAGUUACUCAGUGGAUGAGUAUGGACUUCAGAAACUGCUUCACUGGGGGGUAAGUUCUGGAAUCAUUGUUGGAUUAAAGUGAAAUUGUUUAAACAAGGAUCAAGAGUUUCUGCUGUUCUGGAUUGACUUAGACCAGAUCUCUGGCUGUGAUCUACAUGUACAUCUGACUUGUGAUCAGAUCCCAGGUUUUUGGUGCUAGUGUAGGUUUGAGCCUUUGAGACCUCAGUAACAUGCAACCUGUAUCAAGUCUCAGGUGCAAGGGACAAGGAGAGAGCACUUUUCACGAGCUCAUGCCCAGAUCAGUAAUGGUUACAGGAGCAGGAGGAUCACAUUGUAAUUCUGGAGAUCUUCAUAGCCCUCUUAGACAACCUAAAUUUCCUCGAGAGCUCAGCAUGGGGGAGCAACAGGAACUCAGGCGAAAAAUCAACAGCCGUGAGAGAAAGAGAAUGCAAGACCUAAACUUGGCUAUGGAUGCUUUGCGGGAGGUGAUGGUACCGUACUCUUCAUCCCCAACCUCAUCCUUGGUUGCAGGAGGAGGGCUGCAACACCCUUAUCUACCACUUGGAGGAUCUCCGAAUGGCCGUCGUCUUUCCAAGAUCUCCACGCUGGUCUUGGCCCGCAACUACAUCCUGCUCCUUGGCUCCUCCCUCCAGGAGAUGAAGCGGCUGCUAGGUGAGGUCAGCAUUGGGGGGACUGUACCGCACCUGCUUCUGGCAGGAGGGUGGCCAUUUCUCACUGGCCCAGGACAGCUCUUGCUCAGUUCACCAGAACAGCCACUUGGACUGGCCCAGUGUUCUUCACUGCCAUUGAAUGGUGCUCCGGCCCUGGAGGAGUCUACAGCAUGGGGUCCGCGGGGGGUGGCAGGGACACUACUUUGCCCCUGUCGAGUGUGUCGGGUACCCAGAGUGGUGCAUCCAACUCCUACAUCUCGCUUCCAGAAAUGAUUGUCAAAAAUGUAUGAGUGAAUAAUUGCUCCUUUGAAAAAAAAAAUCUAAAUAUACAAGCAAGUUAUUCUUUAAUUUUCUGGUUUUCCUAUUGCCUUUCCUGAUUUCAUGACUUUCAUUGUGUGUAAAAUAGUUUUUUAUAAAAUCAUCAUAAAACAAUGUAGUGUGGUAUCCAAUCAAAGCUCAGUAUAGCCAUAUCAUAUUACAUUUUGACAAAUAUACUUGUUUUGAAAAUGAAUGAACUUUAAUAGGUCUAAUAUCUGACAGUUAAAUGUGCAAGGUGUAAAAAAAUGGCAGCUUUUUAUUGACUUUGAUCAUCCUCAUCUAAUACAAUAAAAGUUUCUGAAGAAAUUGUGAACAGUGCAUAUAUUUCUGUGUGAAUCUGUGUAAUUCUUAUGUAU